CGGCGCUGCCCUCCUCCCACUUCCCCGUUCGGUGAAGACGCGCCCCCAAAAGGGCGAGGCGGGCCACUGAGACCCAGCUCGCCCCCGGGGAGGGUCACCGGGCCCCGGCAGCAAGACCCUCAGUCCGCGGGGCGUCAGGGUGAACCCCGACUGAAGAGAAACAGGUCCUCGCACCUCGGCUCCGGAGCGCUCCUGGGGACGGGAACCGCCUUCGGCCGGGACCGGCCCCUCCCCCUCCUUCCCGGGAGCCUAAACUAACGGCGACGCCCACCGCGACCCCGAACGGCUGCCGGGGACUCACCCGAGUGGAGGGGCAGGCCAAGCGGCCGUCCCGGCACAGACACUCUCGCUCUAAGGGCAGCCCCAGGCUUUCCCGGGUCGCUCUAGAUAGCCUGGAGCACCGCGCUUCUCAGUGGCACUUCCGGGGGAGGAGUCCGAUGGCGGUGAGCGGAAGCGAGCCCCGGAUGAGGGCCCCGGAUGAGGGCCCCGGAUGAGGGCCCCGGAUGAGGGCCCCGGAUGAGGGGAUAGGUCUCCUAAAACAUCUUGGACAAAAAGAACAGUCCUGCAGACAGACCCUAUGUGGAUCAAGUGAGCCAGUUCUUUGAACCUGAACACUGACUCCUGAGUCCAGGCAGACUGCAGAUUUGUCUCCCCAGUCCACCCAGGAGAUGGAAGGCAUAGUGAUAGUGAAAGUGGAGGAGGAAGAUGAAGAUGAGGAAGACCAUUUCCAAAGGGAAAGAAGUAACAUAGAAUUAUCCCCACCAUUUCUUCUUAGUCAGUCCACAACCAUGAAUGAGAGAGCCCUGUUAUCAUCCUAUUUGGUUGCAUAUCGAGUAGCAAAAGAAAAACUGGCUCACACAGCUGCUGAAAAAAUUAUUCUUCCAGCCUGUAUGGAUAUGGUACGGACAAUUUUUGAUGAUAAAUCAGCUGAUAAAUUAAGAACUAUACCUCUUAGUGACAAUACGAUAUCUCGUCGAAUCUGUACGAUUGCAAAGCAUUUAGAGGAGAUGCUUAUUGCACGGUUGCAGUCUGGGAUAGAUUUUGCAAUCCAACUUGACGAGAGCACUGAUGUUGCAAGUUGUCCAACACUCUUGGUUUAUGUCAGGUAUGUGUGGCAAGAUGAUUUUAUAGAGGAUCUGUUGUGCUGUUUAAGUUUACAUUCACACACAACUGGAUUAGAUAUAUUUACUGAAUUAGAAAAGUGUAUUGUUGGUCAGUAUAAAUUAAAUUGGAAAAACUGUAAAGGAAUUUCGAGUGAUGGAGCAGCAAAUAUGACUGGGAAACAUAGCAGGGUUAUUGAAAAAUUGUUAGAAGUGACACAUAACAGUGCCCUUUGGCAUCAUUGUUUUAUUCAUCGAGAAGCUUUGGUAUCCAAAGAAAUUCCACCAAGUCUAAUGGUUGUGUUGAAAAAUGCAGUCAAAAUUGUUAAUUUUAUUAAAGGAAGCUCAUCGAAUGGCCAACUUCUUGAAAUACUUUGUUCAGAGAUUGGAGUUAACCAUACUCACUUAUUGUUUCAUACAGAAGUUCGUUGGUUGUCUCAAGGAAAAGUAUUGAGCAGAGUAUAUGAACUCAGGAAUGAGAUUUACAUUUUUCUCAUUGAAAAGCAAUCACAUUUGGCAAAUAUUUUUGAAGAUGACAUUUGGGUAACAAAAUUGGCAUAUUUAAGUGAUGUUUUUGGCAUUCUUAAUGAAUUAAAUUUGAAAGUACAGGGGAAAAACAAUGUGUUUCAAUAUCUUGAACAUAUUCUAGGAUUCCAAAAGACAUUAUUGUUGUGGCAAGCAAGACUUAAAAGUAAUCGCCCUAGCUACUAUAUGUUCCCAACUUUGUUGCAACACAUUGAAGAGAAUAUUAUUAAUGAAGACCACCUAAAAGAAAUAAAAUUAGAGAUACUAAUACAUCUCACUUCUUUGUCUCAAACCUUUCAUCAUUACUUUCCAGAAGAGAAAUUUGAAUCAUUAAAGGAAAAUAUUUGGAUAAAAGAUCCAUUUGUCUUUCAAACCCCUGAAUCAAUCAUUGAGUUAAACUUAGAGCCCGAAGAAGAGAAUGAAUUAUCACAGCUCAGUUCAUCAUUCACACUAAGGAAUUACUAUAAGACAUUAAGUUUAUCAGCAUUUUGGAUUAAGAUUAAAGAUGAAUUUCCAUUGCUGAGUAGAAAGAGCAUACUGCUGUUACUACCAUUCACAUCUACCUAUUUGUGUGAACUAGGAUUUUCCAUCUUGACACGGUUGAAAACCAAGAAAAGAAAUAGGCUCAAUAGUGCACCUGACAUGCGUGUAGCCUUAUCCUCCUGUGUUCCUGACUGGAAUGAACUUAUGAACAGGCAAGCACACCCCUCACAUUAAAUCUAAUCUCUAUGAAAUUUGUUUUUGAACUUUUUAAGGUUUUUUUUUUUUUUAGUAGGUUGUAUUUAAAUAUUAAUAAAAUUAUAUUUGGACUUUA